GUUACUUGGAGAUUUAAUGGUGGCACUCUACCAAUUGGAACAAAUCGUGUUGAUAAAUUAAGAACAAGUAUUGUUGUCAUUAACGAAUUACAGUCAAUACAUGAAGGUUCUUAUGAAUGUGAACAAAAGACGCGGAAACAAAGAGGUCAUAUACUACAAGCUCCAA